GAGCAAUCGAAGAGUCUUGUAAAUAAAAAGCGCGACCUUAUUGAGACAAAAUCGCCAUGGCGAGCUUUUCGACGCAAAACGAAUCAAUUCCGACAAUGACCCCCGAUGAGAUCGCCCAGGAGGAACGUAUUAUUAAACUGCACGACCUUAUUGAACAGAACAUAAUCAUUGAACAAGAAGUCGAGGGCAAACCAUUUGAAGAUUCGGUGACUGCCAUUGAGAAUAUAAUUAGGAAGGCGAACACGAUAGUCAAGGGUUACGAGCAACGUCAGACCAACUCCCUGGAACUAGUCCUUGACACUGAGCUGCUCAGACGCAACCACGAAGUCAUUGGAAAGGCCAUACAAUGCAGUUCGACCAUCACGGAUACAAUGUUCUGCAAAGCAAUCAGCGAUGUAGUUUGCGAUGCUGAUGGCACAGAGGAUUGGGAUAAAUUGUGCGGGAUAGCGUUAAAGUACGGCCGCAGUCUAUUUACGAACACCAGCAUUUUGCCUUUCAUCGAUGUGAAGCCAAAGGAGCACAUUCCCAAGCAACGCUCCCAACGACCCAAAAAAACGAACGUGGAGGAAAAGCGUCCGUCAACAAGUCAUAAACUAGAACGCAAAGAUGAGGGCUCAGCGGUGGUGAGCAAUAUUCACAAAGAAAUAAAGAUGAUUUACAAAGCCGGAAACUGCCAACCAAUACCCUUCUUCAAACUAAUUAUCGAUCCUGAUAAUUUCAUGAAUACUGUACACAAUGCGUUGAACGUAUCGUUUUUGGUAAGGGAAAAUGUGAUAUCAAUUUCCAAAGGCGUUGAUGGACUUCCUCAGGUUGGAGUGGUCACCAAUCCCACCGAAAUUGCUGACAACGAACCCUUACAGAAUAUCUGCCGCAUAGAUGCUAAACUUUGGCAGAGAUUCAUCAAACAUUAUAAUAUUAAAAAGCCAAUGUUAACAUCCUUCAAAAAUGCCGAGAGUUAGAAAACGAAACGAUCAAAAAACAUGCUUAAUACUCAGCUAAUUAAAGCAGCAUUUUUGCAUAUCAGGAUAAACUUAUAUACUUUGACAUUCUCCUCAUUAAUUGAUAUUAAACAUAUAGUUUAAAUUAAGUUAGGCCUUAAAAAUGUGUAUGUAUGUCUGAAUCUAAGUAAUGUUCAUGUAAACAGACAUAUAAUAAACGAGUAGAAUGUUAAAGUC